ACUGAUUUUUUUUCCCCUUCCGACUUUCUGACUUGAACAUCUAACCUGGCUGAGAAUUAUGUACAUUGAACAGCUGUGUAGAAAGUCAGGGGGAAAGUUAUGUAAUGUGAUGUGUCCUGGAAAGUGAGCUAAAGCUGAUUGACAACUCGAUGAAUACGCUCUUGUUGGGCUUAACGUGACUUAAGAAAACACACAAACAUCCCACAGGUGUGCGUAAUCAACAGGCUGCAUUACUUGUACGUUCUACUAGUGUCAUGUGACCAGGCCGAUGACGUAAGCGGAAGUAACUGCAAGGGGCACACAGAGACACAACAUCGAGGAAAUGUCUGUUUUUCCAAUAAUUAAUCUGAGGCCUGCAGUGACCGAAUUUCUACAGAGCGUCUUCUUAAACACGGAGGUGCUCGCCGCGGUGGGCCAUCAGGAGGCAGAGCGUCGCUUCCAGAAGCUGCUCUCAUGCCUGUCUCACCCGCCGUCGUACACCUGUGUUCGGGCCAGCACCCAUCUCGCCCCCCUGGAAGAAAUCAGGCACAAGUUGGGAGAAGAGCUGCAGAAGCAGCAGAUGUGCAGCUCGUCAGCAGAUGAGGAGAUCUCCGUUCGGAUUCUCACUCACCCGAGAAUUCCAGAUGUGCUGCUCCUUCCCGUGGAUGGGCCGAGGCCUGUGAAGCAGCUCAGCUCAGAGGUGGUGGUCGGCGCUCAGUGUGGCAACGCCGUACUGAGAGGCGCUCAUGUCUUCGCCCCGGGGAUCGUCGCCAGCCCCAAGUACAUGAAGGCCGGAGACGUGGUGUCCGUCUUCUCCGACUUGGAGGGAAAGUGCACUCGAGGAGCCACGAGCUUCCAGGGAAAGAAAGUGUUCGUGGGCAACGGAGUCGCUCAGAUGGAUCGCUCCGCCAUCUUCUGCGCAGGCGAACCUGCCAAAGGAAUAGGUGUUCUUAUGGUGGAGCCGCUUUACCAGAGUCCUUCCUUCGAUGGCGUUCUACCCGGCCUCGCGUUCCUGCAGAACCUUCCCUCUGUGGUGGUGGGACACGUCCUCGGGCCUCGUCCCGGAGAGCGGAUCCUGGAUAUGUGCGCCGCACCUGGAGGGAAGACCUGCCACAUCGCUGCACUGAUGGAGGAUCAGGGCGAGGUUGUGGCCUUGGAAAGGAUCCGAAAUAAGAUCGAUCGAAUUCGUCAAAACGCCCAAAUGUUGCGUUUGCGCUCCAUCAAAGUGUUCUGCUUCAACAGCACUCAGGCUGUGAGCAGUGACCCGGUGCAGGACUCUGAAGGACCUCCGUUCCCUCCUGAGAGUUUCGACAGGGUUCUGCUGGACGCUCCCUGCAGCGGACUGGGACAGAGGCCCAACAUGAGCAGCACCUGGAGCCUGAAGGAGAUCUGCUCCUACACGCCUCUGCAGCGCAAGUUAUUCCACGCUGCGGUGCGGUUGUUGAAGAGAGGCGGAGUUCUUGUCUACAGCACCUGUACGGUGACUCUAGCAGAGAACGAGGAGCUGGUAGCCUGGGCCCUCAACACCUUCCCCUGCCUCACACUUCAGCCUCAGGAGCCUCACAUUGGAGCAGAAGGCAUGCUGGGAGCCGGCCUGUCACCUGAGCAGCUGCGACUCCUCCAGAGGUUCAGCCCCGAGCUGAGCUGGGACCAGACGGGGACGGCGGCUCCCCUCUCCUGCAGAGCCGACAGGGACACCAUCGGCUUCUUUAUUGCCAAGUUCCUGAAAAACUGACCGGAGGGCACGUUUUUCUCUCACAGCGUCGUCAGCCCCUCACACUGCGGAGACUGCAGACGGGAACAAUCGUGUUUAUAUUACGACACUCUGUGUGCUUUGACGGGGCAGUGUUGACAAAGACGCUCGCUGCGCUGUUUACAGCAUCUGCCUCUUAACAGCUGCUCUCUGAAACUGCGGGCCAUAUAGGGAUAAGCUUUAUAAACACCGAGGGCAAGGAAGAGAGGAGGGAGGAGGGAGGGGAGAGGGGGGCACGUGGGGAUGGAGACUGAAUGAGUGUUGGCAAAUGCAGCAGUGCUAGCGUCGCCAUAACAACAGUGACGACACAGCUGCCAUGGUGACAGCGGAUUGGCUGGAUGUCAGAGCUCGGAUCAGGAAGUAGCGUGCAGAAAGAGGUCAUGAGAGGUAUUAACAAUUUAGUGUCUUUUAGUUGUGCUGGAGACAACCAGGACCUCUCAUUACUACUUCAGCUGCUCGCGUGUGUGUGUCGCUCUGACUGAAGAGGAACGUUUUCACGUUCAUUUCAUCAUCAUCAAAGGUUCUUUUUAAAAUAAGAUCUCUCUCUCUGCCUGUUCGUUAUAUAUAGAAGAGCCGCACAUUAUCUGGUUAUGACACUCAUCACUUAUUCAUUCAGUGCGUCUAAUAAAUCCUCGCACAACGUGAUUUAUAGUUCCGUGCCUACAGAGCACAAACAUCUGGCCCGUAUCUUCUGUCAUGCAGCAUUUUCAGGACCUUCACAAUGACCUCAGCUCAGCCCUUCAUCCUGGGAAUACCAUGAGACUCUCAUCAGUCACAUCACCUCCUGCAUCUGUGCAUUUUCCUGCAUAUAUGCACGUCGGGAGUCGACUGCUCAUUAAAGUUUGCUGCUCUGUUCACCGACGCAAUGAAACAUUAAAAUUCUGACAUCUGUGGGAACGCUCGUUUGUCAGCUUCUGAGGAGCAGCGUCCUUUUUCUCUUCACAUGCGUCCCCUCAGUAUUGUCAUGCAUGUCGAUGUAGUCAAGACGACUACAGAGGCAGGCCGGUGAGUCUACCUCAAUUUUUCAGA